AUGCAUCCUUCAUUAAAAUAUAUAAUUUUGGCAUGCAUCUCUGCUUUUCUCUGCAUUGCAAUUAGUACCGCUGCACCGAUUCCUGCCAAUUGUUCAGCCGACCUAAAUAACAUCGGUAAUUCGAUUGGCAAUAACAACGGAAGUAAUAACGCGAGCGCAAGUACAGAUCCAGGCAGCGGAUUUAAUAACGGCAAUAACGUGAUCGGUAGCAAUGAUGGAAGCAAUAAUGGAAAUGGCGGCGGUACUACUUCUGGUGCCAAUAACGGAAAUAACAAUAUUGGCAGUAAUUUGGGUAGUGGUAAUGGUAAUUUUGACACGGGCUCGCAUAAUGGUGAAAAUAAUGGAAAUGCCAAUGGGCCAGCGUUUAUUGAUAGUUGCAAUUCUCUCACAUUGGUACUUAUUUCAUCUCUUUACUCACGAAGUGAUCAUGUCGUUUUGGAUUUACUUUAUAUACAAGUUCAAAGAUAUCGUGUAGAAAUACGACAUCAGCUACAUGCUCAGCUCUCAGCUGUGUCAAAAUAUUCGAGGCUAAUUAUCACAUCUAAGACAUCGACCGAUGCAGCCCCAAA